CCUCCCCGCCCCCGGCCUCCCGCCCUUCCCCUUCCCGCCCGCUCCCCUUUUCCCCUCAGUCGCCUCGCGCCUGCAGUUUUUGGCUUUCACCCCCACCAGUGACCAAAGACUUGACCACUCAAAGUCCAGCUCCUCAGAACACUGCUCGACAUGGACACCGGUGUGAUUGAAGGUGGAUUAAAUGUCACUCUCACCAUCCGGCUACUUAUGCAUGGAAAGGAAGUUGGCAGUAUCAUUGGGAAGAAAGGAGAAUCAGUUAAGAAGAUGCGUGAGGAGAGUGGUGCACGUAUCAACAUCUCAGAAGGGAAUUGUCCUGAGAGGAUUAUCACUUUGGCUGGACCCACUAAUGCCAUCUUCAAAGCCUUUGCUAUGAUCAUUGACAAACUGGAAGAGGACAUCAGCAGCUCUAUGACCAAUAGCACAGCUGCCAGUAGACCCCCAGUCACCCUGAGGCUGGUGGUCCCUGCUAGUCAGUGUGGCUCUCUCAUUGGGAAAGGUGGUUGCAAGAUCAAGGAAAUACGUGAGAGUACAGGGGCUCAGGUCCAGGUGGCAGGGGAUAUGCUCCCCAACUCAACCGAGCGGGCCAUCACUAUUGCUGGCAUUCCGCAGUCCAUCAUUGAGUGUGUGAAACAGAUCUGCGUGGUCAUGUUGGAGUCCCCCCCGAAGGGCGUGACCAUCCCGUACCGGCCCAAGCCGUCCAGUUCUCCAGUCAUCUUUGCAGGUGGUCAGGCCUAUACCAUUCAAGGACAGUAUGCCAUUCCACAGCCAGAUUUGACCAAGCUGCACCAGUUGGCAAUGCAACAGUCUCAUUUUCCCAUGACGCAUGGCAACACCGGAUUCAGUGCAGGUUUGGAUGCAUCUGCUCAGACUACUUCUCAUGAACUCACCAUUCCAAACGAUUUGAUUGGCUGCAUAAUCGGGCGUCAAGGCGCCAAAAUCAAUGAGAUCCGUCAGAUGUCUGGGGCGCAGAUCAAAAUUGCGAACCCAGUGGAAGGAUCUACUGAUAGGCAGGUUACCAUCACUGGAUCUGCUGCCAGCAUUAGCCUGGCUCAAUAUCUAAUCAAUGUCAGGUAAGGGUUCCCUAUCUUUUGUGUUAUUCAUGCCAGCACAAGUAAUAAUGUGUGUGUUGGGGGAAGUUACACUGUAAUGUAAAGUGUGGGAUUCUUUGGGGGAUGGAAAUGGGAGGGGUAGAGAUGGCAAAAGAAAAAGUUUAAAGUCUAGCUCUACUUUUCAUUCAUCCUUAGCGUAGCAGAAAAAGAAACCAGUUUGUAAUAAGUUUGCAUGGGGUUGGGGGACGGGGAAUAGAUUGUUUGCAUUUGACUUUUUGAUGGUUUGGGGAGUGGAAGGUAUGGAGCAUGUCUUCACCAGUAGGACUGCUCUGGCUGGAGCACCGACUUUAAAACCAAAUGUGGGUCUUGCUGUAGAUGUCAUAUAGACUAAUACUUCACUGAUUGGGUUUAGGCUCCAAAGCACCCUUAAUUGAAAUAAGGAUAAUGAAGUUAUGUGACAGUAAGAUAGUUUUCUUGGAGGCAGUCAUUACUGUUUAUUCUGAAAACAUCCAUUUUUCUCAAGUUGCCAGUGUGUUCCAUUGUUCAGAGCUUGUGGAAAAGGAGAGGUACAGGUAUUGGAUGUUUCGGAAAUGCUUAGUAUUUUCUUUUUCCCCCACAAUCUCAUCUCAUCUCUUAAUGACUUUCUGAGAUUUUACCUUUUUUAUCCAAACGUAGCUAAUGUUAAUACACACAGUUGUAGCAGGACUAUUCACAGUCCAGUGGGCAUCCUACAAGGCAUUUAUAUUACUUGCUUUCUCAGCACAUGUGCUUAAGUCAUGUUCUUAAUUGCUUACUAACAUCUUAAACCAGUGUUAGCAGCUCAUUCCCCAAGGGACUUAGCUAUCCCUUUUAUGUAGACUUUUACCUAGUUGUUAAUUUACCUCUGUCACAAUUCUUUGGUCUCUGUUGUGCAUAAAAAUUUUAUGGGUUCCUGAAUCUAGUGCAAGGGAAAGGAAUUCAUAAGUAUGGGAUCUAUUUUUUGCCAUGCUUAUGCAGAUCAUGUAUUUAUUCCAUGGUCUUUUAUCCCCUGGUUAAGAAUUUUAUCAGUUCCCCAGUAGUGGUUCUGACUUUUUGCCUAUGUCUUUUCAUGCUUUGAGGUAUUUUCUUGUCUUUAUGUAGAAAAGACUUUUCUGUGUCUAGAUCUGCUUUCUUCUUCAGCUACCAAGAUGUCAAAUUCUUACUGUUCAGACUGAAAUGGUAGUUAUUAGUUUUGCAUGGAGGCUGUUUGCAAAGGUUUGUUUCCUUGUUUCUAAUGGGGGUGGUGGGUUGUUAAGAGGCAAGAAUCGUGUUCUUGGAAGCUGGAAACCAAGCGAUUUUUCUUCUGCUUGGGUAGACCUACCCUGAAUGUUUUCAGAUAGUGCUUCCACAUAACCUGCUUGCCUGACCCCUGUACUAGGUCAGUGGCUAAGUUGUAAGGAAGCAGAACUUGGUUCACCUUUGUUUCCUGAUUUUAGUCACUCUUUUCAGGAUCAUCCUUUUUAAUGAAACUGUCCAAGCUAUGGAUUUGGGUCAAAAUUUUUAAAGCUUCAUUUAACACCAAGCAAGGACUAUGUGUACACGCAGCUAACUCUUCACUU